AUGUCCACCACCUUGACGCACAACACCUCAUUCGCUUCCGCUACCUCUGCUGCAAGUGUUCCCACCAACACAACAACUUCUACCGAUAUCCCUCACGCUUCAACGACGACCUCUGCUGCAAGUGUUCCCACCAACACAACAACUUCUACCGAUAUCCCUCACGCUUCAACGACGACUUCUGCUGCUAGUGUUCCCACCAACACAACAACUUCUACCGAUAUCCCUCACGCUUCAACGACGACCUCUGCUGCAAGUGUUCCAACCAACACAACAACUUCUACCGAUAUCCCUCACGCUUCAACGACGACCUCUGCUGCAAGUGUUCCCACCAACACAACAACUUCUACCGAUAUCCCUCACGCUUCAACGACGACUUCUGCUGCCGCUACCUCUGCUGCAAGUGUUCCCACCAACACAACAACUUCUACCGAUAUCCCUCACGCUUCAACGACGACCUCUGCUGCAAGUGUUCCCACCAACACAACAACUUCUACCGAUAUCGCUCACGCUUCAACGACGACCUCUGCUGCAAGUGUUCCCACCAACACAACAACUUCUACCGAUAUCCCUCACGCUUCAACGACGACCUCUGCUGCAAGUGUUCCCACCAACACAACAACUUCUACCGAUAUCCCUCACGCUUCAACGACGACUUCUGCUGCAAGUGUUCCCACCAACACAACAACUUCUACCGAUAUCCCUCACGCUUCAACGACGACCUCUGCUGCUAGUGUUCCCACCAACACAACAACUUCUACCGAUAUCCCUCACGCUUCAACGACGACUUCUGCUGCCGCUACCUCUGCUGCUAGUGUUCCCACCAACACAACAACUUCUACCGAUAUCCCUCACGCUUCAACGACGACUUCUGCUGCCGCUACCUCUGCUGCUAGUGUUCCCACCAACACAACAACUUCUACCGAUAUCCCUCACGCUUCAACGACGACUUCUGCUGCCGCUACCUCUGCUGCUAGUGUUCCCACCAACACAACAACUUCUACCGAUAUCCCUCACGCUUCAACGACGACUUCUGCUGCCGCUACCUCUGCUGCUAGUGUUCCCACGAACACAACAACUUCUACCGAUAUCCCUCACGCUUCAACGACGACUUCUGCUGCCGUUACCUCUGCUGCUAGUGUUCCCAACAACACAACAGCUUCUACCGAUAUCCCUCACGCUUCAACGACGACCUCUGCUGCAAGUGUUCCCACCAACACAACAGCUUCUACCGAUAUCCCUCACGCUUCAACGACGACCUCUGCUGCAAGUGUUCCCACCAACACAACAGCUUCUACCGAUAUCCCUCACGCUUCAACGACGACCUCUGCUGCAAGUGUUCCCACCAACACAACAACUUCUACCGAUAUCCCUCACGCUUCAACGACGACUUCUGCUGCCGCUACCUCUGCUGCUAGUGUUCCCACCAACACAACAACUUCUACCGAUAUCCCUCACGCUUCAACGACGACUUCCGCUGCCACUACCUCUGCUGCUAGUAUUCCCACCAACACAACAACUUCUACCGAUAUCCCUCACGCUUCAACGACGACCUCUGCUGCAAGUGUUCCCACCAACACAACAACUUCUACCGAUAUCCCUCACGCUUCAACGACGACUUCUGCUGCCACUACCUUACCGCAUCCUCCACCCUAUUCACAUGUGUUGUCAUUACCCUGUUGGUUCUUUCAGAAUCAAUCAAUGACAAUCCAAAUACGUUGCUAUUUCAUAAGAUUUUACGACGCUUUACCAUUAGAGUUGCUUCCCUUUGACCAUCCCCCUAUCUCCCUCCCCCUAUCUCAUUCCUGUGACCAGUUGGCUGCAUUCAUGUCAGUGCACAGCUGUGUUUAACUGAUUGAGCGUUUUAACCACAUGACAUUCUCUAAACUGUUAGUGUGUAUUGCGACUCCUGUCUCUGUUAUAUCAUAAACGAUCAUGUUUGAGGUUUCUUUAAAGAAAUACACGUGAGUAUAAAACACGGAGAUCUUUCACUGAUGCUUUCUAUUUUAACUUAAAACCAGAAUGAUUUUGCUAUAAAAGCAGCAUUUCAGACAACUGUGUCAACAUUUAUCGCAUCACAUUAGUGAAGAUGUAGUAACAUGUUAAAGAAUACAAAUACAUGUAUACAUCUGGAAUUUUUUAUUUAUAUAGCCUAAGAUCUAUCAAUUGUUUUAUGUGAAAUUAAAGUUACAUAUCCUGUUCCCACACUAUACUAUAAACACUUCUAUUAAAUGUAACACACCCAAGACAAUCUUCAUAAACAAACGCCACCCUUGACAUCAAUGUAGUGUGAUGGCCUUUCCGGCCUGCUGACAACACUAGGUUACAGAUGGGGUUAGAUGGAAAGAGUGAGCCGGUGGACAGACUGGUGUGAGGGUUCAUCUAAGUAAAACAAAGUCAGUGAGUGAGUUGGGUUUAACGCAGCUUUGACCAGCGUUCGAGUUAUAUCAAAUCGCGUCAGCUUCAUGUGGGAGGAAAGAAAUAAAACUGAUAAAAUGUUCUUUAGACAUUCUGGUCCUUAACGAAUAAUUGCAUUUUGAAGGUACACAGUUGUAUUGUAUUGACUCCUAUACUCUCUUGGACCAAGGUUCAACAUUGUUUAACCUGACAGCCAAAUAUUUCAAAUGCUGAUCUGUUUAAGCUAUUUGAUGCAAUGAUUCUUCCAUUUCUUUACUAUGGAUCUGAAGUGUAGGGUACUUCUGCCAGAAAACAGGAAAUUUCCAUACCAAAAUAUGUAAAUGGUACUUAACAGUUGGUAAAGUAAACAACAAUAUGGCUCUUGGUGAAUGUAGGAUAUUAUCAUUCACUUAUAUGGCAA